AUGGCCAGGUAACUCCUUAUUCCUUACAUUUGUUAGACAUGCAAUUCAGGCUCCAAUCUUUUUUUAGAGACCCAUGCAGACUAGUGGUUGCCGACGUGCUGGGCGACCGUGCUUUGCAGGACGAUGAGAGCCGUGAAUUUUACUGUGUGGUGAAAAUUCGAGCUUUAAAAAGUAUGGUGAGUUCAGUUGUGUUAACUACAUGUAUAUGUAUAUGUAUAUUUUUGACAUGCUUAUAAGCAUGUAAAAAGUUGUAUACAAAUGAUGAUGAUUUAUGUAAUAAAAUAUAAUUAAUAUUUUGAAGGGAAGCGAUGAGAUUUGUGAGAAAUGCAAAAGCGGCGUGAUUAAAUUCCUUCAAACGACAACCAACACAGGAAGUUUAAUUGCCAAUGUCGACAAGUGCUGUGAAGAUUGCAUAAGAACAGGGCUGUCAAUGCUCCGGAGGGACGAGAGAUAUCUGUAA